UCACAAACAUGAACUAGCCUAAAUAACCAAGCAUGCGUCAGAUUUUGACAUUUGUAAUUAUUCCUCUUUUUUUUCCAAAGGGAUUGUUCUUUUCCUGAAGAAGUGUAAUUUUUUUUAUUGAAUUUUUAGCGCUUCUGUACACUGAUUUUCACUUUCUUUUAAGCUUUGCCAAUAUGUCGGACUCGGAGGCAAGCAAUGCAUCUGAUAGCGGAUCAGAAGAUGGAAGUAUGGCUUCAAAUAAAUCUCAACACAGUGCAAGGUCUCGCUCAGUUUCCCGAUCAAGGUCUCCUUCUAGAUCUAGAUCUCGAUCUAGAUCACGUUCAAAGUCCGCAGGUUCCCGAUCCAGAUCUCGGUCUGCUUCCGCUGGAUCUGGAUCUGGUUCGGAAAUAAAUGUCAACCGACGUCGUCAACGCAGUCGGUCACGCGACGACGAGGAGGAUGGCGAAGAGGAACAAGAGCCCGAAGGAGAGGACUUGGAUUCUGAGGAAUAUGAUGAAGAAGAGGACGAUGAAGUUGGACCAAAAAAAAAGAAGAAAAAGGAAAGAUUUGGAGGUUUUAUUAUUGACGAAGCAGAAGUCGACGACGAAGUAGAUGAAGAUGACGAAUGGGAAGAAGGUGCCAAUGAAUUGGGAAUUGUGGGUAAUGAAAUCGACGAACUUGGUCCAACGGCCAGAGAUAUUGAAAUAAGAAGACGUGGUACCAAUCUCUGGGACACCCAAAAAGAAGACGAGCUUGAAGAAUAUCUUCGCAAAAAAUACGCAGAUGAAUCUGUAGCAAAGCGGCAUUUCGGUGAUGGCGGUGAAGAGAUGUCCGAUGAAAUUACUCAGCAAACAUUGCUGCCUGGAAUCAAGGAUCCUAAUCUUUGGAUGGUUAAAUGUCGGAUUGGUGAAGAGAAGGCUACAGCUCUUUUAUUGAUGAGAAAAUAUCUUACCUAUUUGAAUACCGAUUCACCAAUGCAGAUUAAAGCCGUUGUAGCUCCAGAGGGAGUCAAGGGUUAUAUUUACAUUGAGUCUUACAAGCAGACACACGUUAAGAGCGCAAUUGAAAAUGUGGGUAAUCUGCGUGUUGGCAAAUGGAAACAAGAAAUGGUUCCAAUCAAAGAAAUGACUGAUGUGCUUAAGGUAGUCAAGGAACAAGUUGGUUUAAAAGUAAAGCAGUGGGUUAGAUUGAAGCGUGGUUUGUAUAAGGAUGAUAUUGCUCAAGUUGAUUAUGUAGACUUGGCACAAAAUCAGGUUCAUCUUAAACUUUUGCCACGAAUUGAUUAUACACGGAUGAGAGGAGCUCUAAGAACUACACAGAGUGAAGCUGACAAUGCCAAACGUAAAAAGAAACGACGCCCAGCAGCAAAACCCUUCGAUCCAGAAGCUGUGCGUGCAAUUGGAGGUGAAGUUCAUUCUGAUGGUGACUUCUUGCUUUUCGAAGGAAACCGUUAUUCAAGAAAAGGUUUCCUUUAUAAAAAUUUUACAAUGUCAGCCAUUUUGGCCGAAGGCGUCAAGCCUACUCUCGCUGAAUUGGAAAGAUUUGAAGAACAACCAGAAGAUGUUAAUUUGGAAAUCGCUGCCGCUUCUAAAGAUGAUCCAACAGCAGCUCACUCCUUCUCAAUGGGAGACAAUGUAGAAGUAUGCCUUGGUGAUUUAGAAAAUUUGCAAGCUAAAAUCAUAGCUAUCGAUGGAGGAAUGAUCACGGUCAUGCCAAAGCAUCAAGACCUUAAAGAUCCUUUGAUUUUCAAAGCAAAUGAACUUCGAAAAUACUUCAAGACAGGAGAUCACGCUCGUGUCUUAGCUGGUCGAUAUGAAGGCGAAACCGGUUUGAUUGUUCGCGUUGAACCAACGCGGAUUGUUUUGGUUUCUGAUUUGACAAUGCACGAGUUAGAAGUGCUUCCGAGAGACUUGCAGUUAUGUUCUGAUAUGGCAACAGGUGUGGAUUCUUUGGGCCAGUUUCAAUGGGGUGAUUUAGUCCAAUUGGAUCCUCAAAAUGUUGGUGUCAUUGUACGUUUGGAACGUGAGAACUUCCAUGUACUCAAUAUGCAUGGCAAGGUUAUUGAAUGUAAACCAACUGCGUUGCAAAAGAGAAGGGAGAACCGUAAUACCAUUGCAUUGGACGCCGAAGAGAAUCAAAUUCGUCGCAGAGACAUUGUGAAGGUCAUGGAGGGUCCACAUGCGGGUCGUUCUGGAGAAAUUAAGCAUUUAUAUCGAAGCUUGGCGUUCUUACAUUGUCGUAUGUACACAGAAAAUGGAGGUAUUUUCGUUUGCAAGACUCGUCACUUGCAAUUAGCAGGAGGAAACAAAUCCCAAGCUAACACAAUGGGCUCAUUAGGUGGCAUGGGAUUCAUGUCGCCCAGAAUUCAAUCGCCAAUGCAUCCGUCUGGAGGACGAGGUGGACGUGGCGGUGGCCGAGGUGGAAGAGGAGGCUUCCGAGUUACCAGAGAUCGCGACAUUUUGGGAAAAACCAUCAAAAUCAGCGGUGGUUCAUACAAGGGCUCAGUUGGUAUUGUCAAAGAUGCAACUGAGAGCACAGCUCGUGUAGAGUUGCACACUUCGUGCCAAACGAUUUCAGUCGAUCGUAAUCACAUCGCCAUAGUAGGAGUUCCUGGCAAAGAGGGUGGAAGUGUCUCCACAUAUGGCCGCACUCCAGCUCGCACACCUGGUUAUGGUUCACAAACUCCAGUUUAUGCAGCAGCAGGCUCGAAAACACCAUUGCUUGGCAGUCAAACUCCUACUUGGGAUUCAGAGGGCCGUACUCCUUACAGUGGAGCUAUGACACCGUCUCACGAUGGCAGUAUGACUCCGCGUCAUGGUGCUUGGGACCCUAAUAUUACCAAUACUCCAGCAAGAAACAAUGACUAUGACUACAGCAUGGAAGAGCCCAGCCCAAGCCCAGGAUACAAUCCAAGCACUCCUGGCUAUCAAGUCAGCACACCAUUUGCUCCACAGACUCCAGGAACCGUUUAUGGCUCGGAUAGGAGUUACAGCCCCUAUAAUCCAAGUCCAGCUCCUUCUCCUUAUCCAGUUGGUUAUAUGAGCACUCCAUCGCCAUCUAGCUAUUCUCCUAAUACCCCUGGUGGCGCUCCACAGUCACCAUACAAUCCCCAGACACCAGGAGCCAGUUUGGACUCACACAUGGGUGAUUGGUGUACUACAGACAUUGAGGUAAAAAUUCAUACCCAUGACGAUGCUGACUUAGUUGGACAAACUGGUAUAGUUCGAACAGUUUCAAAUGGCGUUUGCUCCGUAUUCUUGAGAAAAGAGGAUCGCAGUGUUUCCAUUAUAAGCGAACAUUUGGCACCUGUGCCACCAGAAGUUGACGAUGAUUUCAAAGUGAUUUAUGGAGAUGAUCGCGAGUUGACUGGGAAAGUUAUUUCAGUUUCUGAUAAGGACACUAGCAUUUGUAAAAUAAAUGGAGACGUAACUAUGAUACCAACAUCCCAUCUCUGCAAGAUGAAAGUUGACUAAUUGCAUUCAUUCAAUUUAAAUUCAUCUGAAAAGUAACAGAUUUAAUUUAAUAUUAUAUUACAAUAACUACAUUGUAUUCAUAUAACCAACCAGCUUAAUGUUUAACUCUUUCUGCAGAACAAAAAUUAAAAUUUGCUGAAAAGCUCAGUAUCUGUCGUUA